UUAAAAUAAUGUUUCGCGCUAGCUCCUGAUCUACGUAUUUCAUACAACUAUCUACUUAAUUUCUAUUGAACAAAUUUCGCUAAAGUCACGUGCUUCAUAAUGCGAUAUACGAGUAAUUCAGCUAUCGGAGCUAUCUACAAAAAUUUCCGUAUUGGUUGCGAUGUGAAUUUAUUUCGUGUUCUAUUUAAUUUAAAUCUAUGCACAAUAGUUACCUAGGAAGUUGGAUCUAUCGAGUGGAAACUGACUAAGCAAGCUGGACGACGAUGGAGGCGAAGGAGUACGGCCCCACAUUACAAGAUGAAGCAAAACCAACAACAUUUCUUCAAACAAUUAUAGAUGUCUACGAUUGGCUAUCUUGUUGGAUUUUAACCCUGAUGCUUUUCGGUGGCCCGGUACUUUUUAUAUACAUGUGUAUUACUCCAUCAUUGCGAAUUUUCGCUCUGCUGUAUUUGCUUUGGGUGUAUUACGAUCGUGAAACUAUCUACACAGGAGGACGAAGAAUAAAAUGGCUGAGAAAAAUGAGAGUUUGGAAAUACCGACGAGAUUAUUUUCCAAUCAAGCUGGUGAAAACGGCUGAUUUACCACCAGAUACCACCUAUUUAUUCGCUUCUUUUCCACACGGAAUGUUCGUGAUUGGAGCUUCUACGAACUUCUGCAGCGAUGUGAACCAUUUCGACGAAGCAUUUCCCGGAUUAACUCCGUAUAUGCACAUGCAGAAUGAUAUUUUACUUCUUCCGAUCGCCAGGGAGAUGCUUUUAUUUUACGGUAUUUGCAGUGUUUCGGCCGAAAGUAUUUUACACGUGUUGAAUGGACCUGCUGGAAACGUAUCCAUUGUCACUGUCGGAGGCUACAUUGAAAUGAUGAAAUCCGUUCCAGGCACUAAUCGUGUAGUUUUGAAAACUCGUAAAGGAUUUGUCAGAAUGGCUUUGAAAGCUGGAUCUUCCCUAGUGCCAGUUUAUACUUUCGGCGAAAGCAGUACUUAUGAUCAACUAUCGUCAGACUGGUACGUAAGGUUACAAAAAAAACUUCAUUCCUUGUUCUGGCUAGGAGGUCUGGUUCUAGCCUGGGGUCCUUGUAAAAUUGACCACGCACUUGGACUUUUACCCUAUCAAAUACCCCUCACUACUGUUGUGGGCAGCCCGAUAAAAUUACCAAGAGUGGAAGAUCCUUCGAGUGAAUUGGUGGAUAAAUAUCAUCAAAUAUACAUUCAAGAGUUGACAUCGUUGUUCGAUAAAUACAAAGGGAAAUAUGAUUCUCGAGGAGAGAAAGCCUUUUUGAGUGUUGAAUAAAAUUCAUCGUCAUGUUACCGCAUGCUUGCAUAAAAGAGCGAUUGUAUAAGUGCGUCUACCUGACAGAAAAAAAUACUCCUGCAAGUGAAGAAAUUAGGCAACAAAUGAACAAAAUGAAAUGCGAGUUGCCUAACGCUCUAACUGAUAUUUUGAAGAACAGAGCUUUGAACUUUCAAUUUAUAUUUUUCAAUAAUGUGUUUACCUAUACGUUUACGUGCCAUAAGAUUAAUGCUCAUGUACCUACUAAAUUUUUUUAUUUUCUAUGUGCAACCUUUUUUUUUUUUUUUACUUAAUCAAAAUAAAAAUUUAAAAAUUCAAA